AGGCAUCGGUUGGAGCGCUACACCAGCGGCCGCAACAGACCACGGCAAGGCCUCCGAGGACCGCGACAGUCCGAGUUGGGCGGACCUCUCUCCGCCCCGCUGCGGUCCCUGAUGGAGCCGACACGCGGCGCCCAGACGAGCCGGCCGUCCGCGGAGCCAGCCGACGCGGCCCGGCCCGACGGCGGCGCCGAGCACGACGCGGAGAGCUUCGAGGACAUUCUGCGGCUGACAUGCGGCAGCGGCCGCUGGCAGACCGCGCUGCUGGCCUACAUGUCGUUGAUGUGGCUCAUUCUGCCAUUCUUCUCCAUGUCGAUGAUGUUCAUCGGCGCGACGCCGCCGUUCAAGUGCGCCGACGGCUUCGACGCGAACGCCACGUACGCCUCGCUGCCGGCCGCCGCCCAGCGCUGCCACCCACCCAACGCGAGCGCCGCCUGCCGACGCUGGGUGUUCGACCGGUCCGUGUACGAGUCGACGGUGGUGACGGAGUGGGCGCUGGUGUGCGGCCGCAAGCCGCUGUUGUCGCUACUGCAGUCGCUGCUGAUGCUGGGCGGCCUGUCGGGCGCCGUGGCUGCCGGCCAGCUGGCAGACCGCUUCGGCCGGCGGCCCGUCUUCCUGCCGGCCAUGCUGCUCAUCGUGCUGAUGGCCUUCACGUCGGCGCUGGCCACCAGCUACGCGCUGUUCGCCGCCUGCCGGCUGCUAAGCGGGCUGGCCAUGGCUUUGAUGAUCGGCAGCCAGUACGUGCUGGUCGCCGAGCUGGGCGGCAUCGGCCAGCGCGCACGCUACAGCGCGUUCACGCUCAUGCCGUUCGCGGUGGGCACGGCGCUGGUGGCGGCACUCUCCUAUGCCGUGCGUAACCGCCGGCUCCUGCAGCUGGUCUACGCCGUGCCCUGUCUGGGGCUGCUGCCGAACAUCUGGCUCAUGCCCGAGUCGCCGCGCUGGCUGCUCCUGCGCGGCCGGCCAACCAAGGCUUACGACGUGCUGGCGGCGGGCGCCCGCUGGAACGGCGCCGCCAUGCCGCCGCGGGACGUUGUGCUGAAGAUGAUGACGCGGGUGCACUCCGGCAAGCCAGCGCCAGAGGCAGAUACCGGCGGCCGCUGCAGCCGGCUCCUCAACCAGCUGCUGCAGCUGGUCAAAACGCCCCGUAUGCGGCGCAGCACACUAGUCAGCGCCUUCGUCUGGUUCGUCGUCUCCGGCGCGUACUUCGGCAUCGCGUUCGACGUAACGCAGCUGAGCCGGCAGCCGCACCUGGCCGGCGUGCUCCUCGGCCUGCUAAAUCUACCCUCCGUCUUCUUCUUCCCUAUCAUCGACCGGCUGGGCCGCCGCGGGCCCACGGCCGCCUGCUUCUUCCUCUCGGCCGCCGCCAUGCUCGUCAUCUUCGCCGUCAGCCAUCCGCCGGUGCGGCUGGCGUUCGGCCUGGUCGGCCAGCUCAGCGUCAGCUUGGCGUUCAACAUACUGUACGCCUACUCGCCCGAGUACAUGCCGACGUGCGCGCGCGCCGUCGGGUUUGGCGUGUGCCAGGUGGCGCUGCGGCUGGGCGCCACCGUCUCGCCGUUCGUGGUGGACCUGGUGAGCGAGCUGCGGGCCACCGCGCCGUCGGCCGUGUUCGGUGCCGCCGCGCUGCUGGCCGGUCUGGCCACGUUGCUGCUGCCAGAGACGUGCGGCGCCGGCCUCCGCUAG